AUGGCUGACGAUAUGGUCCCUGUGUUUAACAUUCCAAAGGAAUGCAAGGCAGGUGUUGUCGUGAAUGAAGGACCAGAUUUCCGUGUCGAGGUCCAGAUGGUGCCUGUACCAGAGAUCAAGCCCAAUGAAGUCCUUAUCAAGCUCAACGCCACCGGUAUCUGCCACUCAGACAUUCACUUCAUGGUGGGCGACUGGGCCGCGCCGAAGAUGAGCGUCUUCGGAACGAAAUGUGCGGGGCACGAGGGUGCUGGCGUCAUAGUAAAAGUUGGAGAUGCGGUCAAGACCUUAAAGCCCGGAAUGAGGGCAGGGUUGAAGCCAGUCCAGGAUACUUGCGGUCUCUGUGAGCUUUGCCGAACAGACAACGAGUGCUACUGCCCGAAGGCUGUCCUCACGGGUCUCAUGAUUGACGGCUCCUACAAGCAAUACGUCGUCUCGCCCGAACGUUACACCACCAUCAUUCCUGACGGUGUCUCUGACUACAUCGCCGGCCCGGUCAUGUGCUCUGCUUCCACAGUCUACACUUCGAUCAAAGAGUCCGGUCUCCAGGCAGGUGACUGGGCCGUCUUUCCGGGUGCCGGCGGUGGUGUCGGCAUGCAGGGUGUCCAGCUUGCCAAAGCCAUGGGUCUCCGUCCCGUUGCCAUCGAUACCGGGGCGGAGAAGAAAAAACUUUGUCUUGAGGUUGCCGGCGCAGAGGCGUUUAUCGACUUCAAGGAAGUUUCAGAUGUCGCUGCGGAAGUCGUCCGCAUUUGCGACGGCAUCGGUGCCCACGCCGUUUUCGUCACAGCUGUUCAAUCCUACCCUACCUCCAUCUCCCUCCUCGGCCGCCGCGUUGGUGGAAAAGUCAUGUGCAUCGGCCUUCCUCCUGCGGGGACUCUGCACAUCGAUGUUGAUCCUAAUCAAUUGUGCGCCAGGAAGCAGGGAGUGCAGGGAACACUGGUAUCGAACAUGGCGGAUGUCGAUAAGACCCUCGACUUCGCGAAGAGAGGCCUUCUUAAGCCGAUCUAUACUGUGUAUAAGCUGAGUCAGUUCAACGAGGCUGUUCAGAAACUAAGAAGGGUAUAUGCCGAGGUGAUGUCAGUCUCGUCGUCCAGCCAGUCUGCGUAUGGACAGGCAGAAGCGUCUACCAGCCGCUCAAUCAACAAUGGACAUCAUGUACAGGACGAUGCCAGCGACGAUGAGGAAGAACUCAUGUCAUCGGAUCCGCUAGGGACUGGGUUUUCAGAACAGAUCUCCUUCAAGCGCAAACAAAAAGCGCCUGCUACCUCUGCAUUCUCCCUUCCACGCUUCUUCUCCUCCCCGAACGGAAACUCAAGUAAUCGUCAAUCACCCCUCUCGCGGCCGCCACAAACACGAUCGCAGCAUUCCAACAGUAAUCUCAGCGGAAACGAUUCCUCCAACCUUAUAUUGAACUAUCUCGACCAGCCCGGAGAUGCAGCUGGUCAGGGUACAGAUAGCAAGGACCCCACGGGCCUGGACUGGUAUGUGGAGGGCCCUGGUCGCCGAGUUGGGUACGACGAUCUCACAGCCAUCGAUUGGAUCUUCGAAUACGCAAAGGAGAGGCAAAGGCUGCGAUAUCUGUACUCAGGAGCAUCCGGCAUCUUAGGCUAUGUCAAACAGCUCGCUGAUGCGAGCCAGAUGUGGUUUAUCCUUGUUGCUACGGGCAUACUGAGUGGUGCCGUCGCAGCCUUCAUUGACGUUUCUAGCAACUGGUUAGGCGACUUGAAGUCUGGGUAUUGCAGCAACGUCGACGGAGAUGGAAAGUUCUAUCUCAAUAAGGGGUUCUGCUGCUGGGGUUAUACUGAGUAUGCCCAAUGUCACGAUUGGCAUCCGUGGAGUACUGCCUUGGGAGUAGCAUCGAAGGGUGGGUCCUGGAUUAUAGAGUAUAUCUUCUUCGUUGUGUUUUCCAUACUUUUCGCCGCAUGCGCUAGCUUUCUGGUUCGUGAGUUCGCUCCACUUGCCAGGCAUAGCGGUAUUGCGGAAAUCAAGACGGUUUUGGGUGGCUUCGUUAUCCGGCGUUUUCUGGGUGGCUGGACGUUAAUUGUAAAAACUUUAGGCUUGUGUCUUGCUGUUGCAUCCGGUCUCUGGCUAGGGAAAGAGGGGCCUUUGGUACAUGUUGCAUGCUGUUCCGCAAACCUUUUCAUGAAGUUAUUUCCCAAUGUCAAUAGUAACGAAGCGAGGAAACGCGAAGUCUUCUCGGCCGCAGCAGCAGCAGGCAUCUCAGUUGCCUUCGGUUCUCCAAUUGGUGGAGUGCUCUUCAGUCUAGAGCAGCUGUCAUACUAUUUCCCUGACAAAACCAUGUGGCAAAGCUUCGUCUGCGCCAUGGUCGCUGCAGUCACUCUGCAAGCUUUCAACCCCUUCAGGAGCGGAAAGCUGGUCAUGUACCAGGUCACGUAUUCUAGGGGAUGGCACGACUUCGAACUUGUACCAUUCGCCUUCCUCGGUCUUCUCGGCGGCAUGUACGGAGGCUUGCUCAUCAAGUUGAACAUGGAAGUCGCCCAAUGGCGCAAAAAUCGAAACUAUCUCAAAGGGCCAGUGACAGAAGUGGUCAUUGUGGCACUGGUCACGGCCCUUCUCAACUUUCCCAUCAAGUUCAUGAGAGCGCAAGCAUCUGAGCUUGUAUACUUCCUCUUCGCUGAGUGCGCCGACCUCAACGAAGACACGUUAGGUCUGUGCAAAGCGGGGAAAGCAAAUACUGGGGUUGUGGCUUUGCUCCUGGUAUCUGCUUUGCUUGGAAUCAUUCUGGCCAGCUUUACCUUUGGUCUGCUGAUACCAGCCGGCAUCAUCUUGCCGUCUAUGGCUAUUGGUGGUCUUUACGGAAGGGCUGUCGGACUCACUGUACAGGUGCUCCAGGAGGCAUGGCCGAAGGGUUUCAUCUUUGGUUCAUGCCAGCCGGAUGUACAGUGCGUCACUCCGGGAACAUAUGCAAUCAUUGGAGCCGCAUCCGCGCUCGGGGGAGCCACGAGGAUGACGGUUUCCAUCGUGGUCAUCAUGUUUGAGCUCACAGGAGCUCUUACAUAUGUUCUGCCCAUCAUGAUCGCGGUCAUGGUCAGUAAAUGGGUUGGCGACGCCAUAUCUCCUCGUGGAAUCUAUGAGUCCUGGAUCCAUUUCAAUGGCUAUCCCUUCCUGGACAACCGAGACGACAAUGGAUCUUCCAUCCCUGAUUGCACCGCGGCCCAAGUCAUGACCAGAAUCGAAGAUUUGGUCGUGAUCACUGCAACCGGUCACACCAUCCGAAGCCUCCGUGAGAUGCUAUCGCAGCAGCGCUUCCGCGGUUUCCCAGUUAUCGACAACUCCAGGGACGCGCUUCUGCUAGGCUACAUCUCACGCAACGAGCUGGCGUAUGCGCUUUCCUCGUCCGUUUCGCCGCCUCGCAACCUCAGCGAUGAAACAGAAGUAUAUUUUUCGCAUCAACCACUUUCGGAUCCCGCUACAAGCCUGGAUCUGCGCCCUUGGAUAGACCAGACGCCUAUCACGCUGAAUGCGACGGCAAGCUUUCAGCUCACAGUGAGCAUGUUCCAGAAACUGGGUUUGCGGUAUGUGCUUUUUGUGGACAGAGGGACGCUGAAGGGCUUGAUGACGAAGAAGGACGUGUGGUUUGUGUUGAAUGGAAUGGACGAUGGGGAUGGGGAAGGUUUCCCGGGGACUGGAGUGAGGGAAAGGGUUGAGGAUGCAGGGGGGGACGAUAGAGGACUGCUCGUGUCGCCUACUGACGAUGAGGACGGAUAUGAGGAUCGGAAUAGGUUGCAGUGA